UGCCCCAAAUCCUUACAAUUCUCACACUCAGUCCAAAAAUCAUUUUUAAAAAUCUACAAUAUUUUUAGAACAAAACUCAAUUCCUAAUAUUCAUGGCUCUUCAGGCUGCUGCAUUGCUUCCUUCUACUUUCUCUAUUCCCAAGGAGGGGAAAACUAGUGCAACUUUGAAGGAUUCUAGUCUCUUUGGAAUCUCUCUCUCUGACCAUGUUAAAUCUGAUUUUGGCUCUUCAUUCAAAAUCAAGAGCGGAAGAAAGUCAUCCCUCGGAGCUAUUAGAGCCGAGACAAUGGUUGCAUCUCCCAGUGUAACGAAUACCCCUGUGACAGGAAAGAAAACCUUAAGAAAAGGUUGUGUAGUAAUCACUGGAGCCUCUUCAGGACUAGGACUAGCAACAGCAAAAGCUCUGGCUGAGACAGGGAAAUGGCAGGUGAUUAUGGCAUGUAGGGACUUUCUUAAAGCUGAAAGAGCAGCAAAAUCAGCAGGGAUGCCUAAGGAGAAUUACACUAUCAUGCAUUUAGACCUUGCAUCGCUUGACAGCGUCAGACAAUUUGUCGAUAACUUUAGGAGAUCAGGCAAUCCUCUUGAUGUAUUGGUUUGUAAUGCAGCUGUUUAUCUGCCUACCGCGAAAGAGCCUUCGUUCACAGCUGAAGGAUUUGAGCUUAGUGUUGGGACUAACCAUCUUGGUCAUUUCCUUCUUUCAAGAUUGUUGAUUGAUGACUUGAAGCAGUCUGAUUACCCUUCCAAGAGACUCAUCAUUGUUGGUUCGAUUACAGGAAACACGAACACAUUGGCUGGAAAUGUACCUCCAAAGGCCAACCUCGGGGACUUGAGGGGUUUGGCAAGGGGGCUCGAUGGACUUAACAGCUCAGCCAUGAUUGAUGGUGGUGACUUUGAUGGUGCCAAAGCAUACAAAGACAGCAAGGUUUGCAAUAUGCUCACUAUGCAGGAAUUCCAUAGACGAUACCACGAAGAGACUGGCAUCACAUUUGCCUCUCUAUACCCUGGCUGCAUCGCGACAACAGGGCUAUUCAGAGAGCAUAUCCCCUUGUUUAGGCUUCUUUUCCCUCCAUUCCAGAAGUUCAUUACCAAGGGAUUCGUCUCCGAGGCAGAAUCUGGAAAGAGACUUGCACAGGUUGUAAGUGAUCCAAGUCUUACAAAAUCAGGUGUUUAUUGGAGCUGGAACAAGAACUCUUCCUCUUUUGAAAACCAGUUGUCAGAAGAAGCUAGUGACGUUGAGAAAGCGCGUAAAGUGUGGGAAGUCAGUGAGAAACUCGUGGGGUUGGCUUAGAUUUU